AUGAUUUCGAUUCCCUUCUUGUUCACUCUCUUGCCCUUGGCCAUUGCCGCUCCGGCCAAGCGGGCUGCGCCGGCGCCGCUCCUUGUCCCUCGUGGUGAUGCGAUCCCCGACAGGUAUAUUGUGAAGUACAUGGAUAGCGUUGCCAUCUCUUCCGCCGACAGCAUUCUGCAGGCUCACCAUGCCGAGGCGGAGAGGGUUUUCUCCCACAUUUUCAACGGCUUCGCGGGCCCGUUGAACGAGACGGCCGUCGAGCAACUUCGCAAUCACCCCGAUGUCGAGUAUCUCGAGAAAGACGCCAUGGUCAAGAUUAGUGCAUUUGCUGAGCAGCCCGGGGGUCCCUGGGGUCUGUCUCGCAUAUCGCACCGACGAGGCGGCCGCGACGGCUACGCGUACGAUGAGGGUGCCGGCGAGGGCACUUGCGCCUACGUUAUUGACACGGGCGUCGAUGACACGCACCCGGAAUUCGAAGGUCGAGCACAGCUGAUCAAGUCCUUUAUCGAGGACGAGCGGUCCGACGGCAACGGUCACGGCACCCAUGUGUCGGGCACCAUCGGCAGUCGAAGCUUUGGCGUGGCCAAGAAGACGUCCAUUUACGGAGUCAAGGUUCUCAGCGACAGCGGGCAAGGCGCCUACUCGGGAAUCCUUGCCGGCAUGGACUUCGCGGUCCAUGACUCCCGACGGCGGAGCUGCCCCAAGGGCGUCGUCGCCAACAUGAGUCUGGGGGGAGGCCGUUCGGCUGCCGUGAACCACGCCGCCGCCAACAUGAUCCAGUCCGGUGUGUUCCUUGCCGUUGCUGCGGGAAACGACGCGGCUGACGCCUCAAACACGUCUCCUGCCUCUGAGCCCAGCGUUUGCACUGUCGGGGCGACGGACAUCUCGGACGGCCUUUCGUCCUUCUCGAACUACGGGAAUGUCGUCGACAUUCUCGCCCCGGGGAGUAAUAUCCUGUCAACCUGGCCGGCGGGUCGCACGAACACCAUCUCGGGUACCUCCAUGGCCACGCCGCACAUCGUUGGCCUCGGCGCCUACCUGGCUUCCCUGGAGGGAUAUCCCGGUCCGCAGGCUCUUUGCGAGAGAAUCCGGGCCCUCGCCACCAGAGAUGCUAUCAGCGGCGUCCCGGGAGGAACCGUCAACUUGCUCGCCUUCAAUGGCAAUCCGUCUGGGUAA